GAGCUGCAGGCUUCGAUCCGGGACGUGAAGGAAGAGAAAAAGACCACAGAAGCGUUCAGCAGCCAAUUGGAGGGCAGGAUACGGGGCAUUGAAGAGAAAGCCCAUGAGUCUGAGAAGAAGCUCCAAGAGCAUGCGGAGAAGCACUUAGCAACGUCCUCUGCGUCAUCAAACCUCAAAGGACGAGCCGAGGCCAUGGAAAAAAGCCAGGAGGAGAUGAAAGAUAGGUUAAACAAGGCUGACAUAGCGAUCACAGACUACCGGGUCCUGGCAGCUGAGAACAAGCAGAACAUCGCAAAGCUGCUGGAGGUGGUCUCGAGUCCUGAUGUGCUGGUCAACAUGGAGUCUUCCAUCCUCGAGGUGACGAAAAUCAGCCAGCAGAACUCCAAGGCGCUCACCACGCUGACAGCUCAAUGCCAUGAGCUGUCCCAGCAAGAGCUGGAGGCGCAAAAGAACACUGAGCACCUUGGUGAGCAGCUAGUUUAUCUGGGCAAACGAGCUGGACGGAUGGAAACUGUUCUGGGCUUGGAUGAGAUGGACAAGGACGACGACGAUGCCAAGACUGGAGUGGUCUUCAAGAGUGGGAUCCUCCUAACAGAGCAGCAGCGCUGCAUGGUGCCCAGCUUCUUCCAGGAUGAGUAUGUAAGGUGGCGCGACUGUCAGUGCAACAGGGAUUGCUUCAAGAAUCAGAACUGUUGUUAUGAUUACGUUCAGCAGUGCAAGGGUGCGAAGAGUGCAGAUGCACCGGUUUUGGGAGCAUUGCCCAAAACUUCGGCGAUCAACAAGACCACAUCUUUCCGUGGAGCAACGACAGCCAAGCGGGGUAGCUGUGGUGAGUUCACCUGUGCAGAGACGUACGUCAGUUGGCGGCCUUGCCAGUGCAACAGCCUUUGCAAAGACUACGGCAACUGCUGCUCGGACUACCAAGCAGUGUGUUUGUCUCCGCCCGCACCUGCAAUUCCGGGGCCAGCUCCGCAACCGCCUGCUGUGACGCCGGAUUUGCCGGACACUAGCGGGCCGUCCGCACCCAUUACAGCUGUGCCUGUGGAGACGACACCACCGGCUCCUGCCAACGUGUAUGCCGUGAACGUGACUGCCCUUCCUUGGACAUGGAAGGAUGGGCUGAAUUCUCCUAGUGAGUCCCCUUUGCUGACUUUCUACAUGUACCGUGCAGUGUCGGACGAAGUGUACCCUCCUUUGAACACCAACCUGGGCAGCCUGCCGGGCGUCUUGUGGUACCUCCACCACGAGGUCGUGAUUCAAGCACCCCGCAAGUUCCAAAUUUCGCGAAUUCUGCGCUACAAGGUGCAGAUGCGUGCAACUGCACCACUUCUGCGGCUUGGGAUGCACUUCGGAGUUCGCCUGGCCUAUGACAAGGGGCAGGCCACCGGCCCCUUUGUUUGCGGGCGCACAAAUGUUACGAACAAGGACGGAACAACAGAAGGUUACAAGCCAAAGUUCUGUGGCGAUGGUGCAUUCAAGGCUCAGUAUCUUCCAGAUCUCAAGCCAUAUAAGAACGAGUAUGAGUAUUCCGCCUAUGGGUAUAACGUCGGCUGCAACAAGCUGGGGGAGUAUCCUUUCCCCAUGCACCCGGUGUACUAUCCGAAUGCCAUCUGGUACACCCUGCCUGGUGCCUGUCCGAACAAUCUCUACUACAACAAGGACAACUCCUGCCAGGCCAGUCAGCCAGGAGGCUACUGCCCCAACAUGGAGCCGAAUGGUAACGGCACGUGCACCUGGAACUACGAGGAUGCCGGUGAGAUCUCCCUCGAUGAGCUGGUGGGCAUCAAAGACUAUGCGUCGUGGAUGCAUAGCCACCGGGAGUAUGAUCCGGAAACCGAUGAAGGUGUCAAGUUCGGCUGGUGGAACGGAAUCAACAGUACCGCUGCCAACCAGGAGCGUGUGCGACAGGCUGCUGAGCUUUUUGACAGGAGGUAUCCAUACAUGCCAACAGUUGCCAAGCUUACCAAUCCUCCUUGCGACUUCGAUUUCGGCUACUUCUACAAGGAGUGGUACCGCAAGGACGGCUACAGCGGACCGUGUGGACCUCCUAAUGCCCACUGCAAAGGUGGCAUUUGGUGGAUUCGCCACGAAGGCCUCAGACUGCAUCCGAAGUGGUACGUGCCACUCUCCACCUCUGCUAGCGACGAUGACAUCCAGCGCCUGCUGUAUCAGCUAGGCGAGAAUGAGCAGAUUGCCGCCUUCCAGCAAACUUUCCACGAGUUCGACCUGGAUGGCUCCGGCACCAUCAGCGUUUCGGAGCUGACCGCAGUCUUGCACCAGAUCGGCCUGGAGCCACCCAUGGAUAUCGUCUUCGCCAUGCUAGAGGCGAUAGACAUUGACAAGAGCGGCGACAUCGACUUUGACGAGUUCUGCGCUCUCUUGACGAGAAUGCUGGGCCCCGAUGGCAAGGUGGACAUCGACAGGAUGCUUCGCAGUAUGUUCGACAGCAUGUCCUACGAAGCAAAGCAAAGGAAGGCUGUGGAGACAGUCAUCCUGCACACGACGGAGCUUCGAGAGCACAAGGACAUGAUCUUCCAGGAGCAGUCGAAGCUGGAAGGGGUGGGUGACCAGGUCUCCAACCUUCAGGGUGGCUACGACAUCUUGGCCGAGGAGGUGAAAAAGCUUCGGCAAGGCCUAGAGCUGAAUCAAGAGUACUGGCGUGGAUUCUCGCGCGGGUUGAAGGAGACGAGAAAGACGGUGUAUGCCGAGGGCCAAGAGGUACCGCUUCCCAGCGCGCAGAAGCUGAGGAGCACGCUUCCUCCGCUGACGGCGAGGCCGUCGACGGCACAAACUGCGUCAACGACGGCACAAACCGCCGGAUAUUCAACUUUCUGA